AUGAGGCUGGCCAGGGCCGCAUUGCGGCAAGUCCACCGCCCACUCUGUGCUAGGUCUUCCUCAAGACGAGCAUGCAUACGCAGCUAUGCAACGACAGUUUCAGCGGCUGAACUUGAGUUUGGGCAGCCCGUCCACGAGACGCAUCCGCACAUUCUUAAGCCCGGUGAAAUAACGCCUGGCAUCACCGCCCAGGAAUAUGCCGACCGCCGCGCUAAGCUGGCCUUCAGCCUGCCCGAUGGCGCCGUGGCCGUGCUCCCCUCGGCCGAGCUCAAGUACCGCUCCGGCCCCGUCUUCUACCCCUUCCGCCAGGAGUCCAACUUCCUCUACCUGACCGGCUUCUCCGAGCCCGAGUCCCUCGCCGUCAUCCGCAAGACCGGCCCCGCCCUCGGCGACUACACCUUCCACCUCUUCUGCCGCCCCAAGGACGCCCUCGCCGAGCAGUGGUCCGGCCCCUGGAGCGGCCUGCGCGCCGCCGAGGACGUCUUCAACGCCGACUCCGCCGCCGACAUCGCCGCGCUGCCCUCCCUACUCCCCCCGCUCCUCCGCGACGCCACCCGCAUCUACACCGACGCGCCCCUCUCCGCGACCGCCGCUCCCAGCCCCCUCGCCUCCAUCCUCCGCGACCUGCCCCUCCGGCACGCCCCACUCCCCCUCUCCCCGCAGACCAACCCGCUGCGGGCGGUCAAAUCGCCGGCCGAGAUCGCCGCGAUGCGGCACGCCGGCCGCGUCUCGGGCCGCGCCUUCACCUCGGCCAUGCGCCAGGUUUGGGCGUCUGAGCACGAGCUGCACGCGUACCUGGCGCACGCCUUCGCGCAGCACGGCCUGGCCGGCGAGGCGUACGUGCCCGUGGUGGCCGGCGGGCCGCGCGGGCGGCUGAUCCACUACACGCACAACUCGGCCCUGCUGCGGCCCGGCGAGACCGUGCUCGUCGACGCCGGCGGCGAGUACGGCUGGUACAUCACCGACAUCACGCGCGUGUGGCCCGUCGCCGGCCGCUUCAGCCCGCCCCAGCGCGACCUGUACGCCGCCGUGCUGGCGGUGCAGCGGACGAGCGUCCGCCUGUGCAGCGCCGCCGCCGGCCUGUCGCUGGACGCCAUCCACCGCGCGGCCGAGGCCGCGCUGCAGGCCGAGCUGGAGCGGCUCGGGUUCGACUUUGGCCGCGGCGGCGCCGCCGCGUCCGAGCUCAUGGGCGUGCUGUUCCCGCACCACAUCGGGCAUUACGUCGGCCUCGACGUGCAUGACGUCCCCGGGUAUCCGCGCUCCGUGCCGCUGCGGGCGGGCCACUGCGUCACCAUCGAGCCGGGCGUGUAUGUGCCGGAUGACGAGCGGUUUCCGAAGCACUUCCGGGGGCUGGCGGUCCGGAUCGAGGACAGUGUGUGCGUGGACGAGGAGGGGCCCAUCGUGUUGAGUGUGGAGGCGGUCAAGGAGGUGGAGGAUAUCGAGGCGUUGAGGUAG